CCGACGCGGAUGUGCGCCUGCUUCCGGGCCCGGACGCCAUUUUCAGCGGUUAAUUUUUUGCUUAGACUCGAGUGGUCAUCCGGGACAAUGAGCUACGACUACCACCAGAGCUGGAGCCGCGACGCGGGGCCGCGGGGCUCCGGCCCGGGCUCUGGCGGCGGCGGCGGAGGGAACCGGGGCCCGGGCGGCGGCGGCGGAGGAGGCGGAGGUGGCCGCGGGGGUCGGGGACGGCAUCCCGGACACCUGAAGGGUCGCGAGAUCGGCCUCUGGUACGCCAGGAAGCAGACGCAGAAGAACAAGGAGGCCGAGAGGCAGGAGAGAGCCGUGGUACACAUGGAUGAACGACGAGAAGAGCAAAUUGUGCAGCUGUUGAAUUCCGUCCAAGCUAAGAAUGAUAAAGAUUCAGAAGCACAGAUAUCCUGGUUUGCUCCUGAGGAUCAUGGGUAUGGUACUGAAGUGUCUUCAGAGAAAAAAAAUAACUCAGAGAAGAAAUUAGACAACCAGGAAAAGAAAUCACUGAACCAAGAAAAAAAGACUUUUAGGAUCACGGACAAAUCAUACAUUGACCGAGAUUCUGAGUACUUACUGCAAGAAAAUGAGCCAAAUGGAGGCUUAGACCAGCAAUUAUUAGAAGAUUUACAAAAGAAAAAAUCUGACCCUCGGUAUAUAGAGAUGCAGGUAAUGAGAAGUCAGUCAUUCUUCUCCCUACCUUGGGAGAAGUGGGCUUAUGGUCGAAGGCUAGUGCCUGGUAUGGUUGAGUGCGAUUCCUCAAUAAGCCACCUCCCUCUGUGAGCGGACUUUCUUGGGUGGCA